CUUCUCCCCAAAUAAAAAAAAGCAACAAACACUCCACUCCAUUCCACACUCUACCAAAAUUCCUUCUCUCUCAUGGCUGCUUCUUCUCUGCUUCUGCUUAUGCUAGUGCUUCUCGCGAUUGCUGCACGCUCCAGUGCAACGUGGUGCGUGUGCAAACAGGGCGUGAGUGACGCGGUGUUGCAGAAAACACUGGAUUACGCGUGUGGAUCCGGGGCGGACUGCAACCCGACCCGCCAAAGCGGCCCAUGUUUUAGCCCAAACACUGUUAGGGCACAUUGCAACUACGCCGUCAACAGCUACUUCCAGAGGAACCGUCAGGCGCCGCUCUCUUGUGAUUUCUCUGGCACUGCUGUCGUCGUCAAUUCUGACCCUAGUACGGGUGGUUGUGCUUUUCCUUCCACUUCAAGUAGCAGCGUCAUUCCGACUACAACUCCUAAAACACCAGGUACCGCCAUACCCACAGUCACAACGGCAAACGGCGGUUCGCCUCUCGUAACAACCCCUACAACGGGAGGGGGUAAUAAUGGUCUAGGAACACCAGGUUUCAACAAUAACUUAAACGGUGGAACAAUUUUAGUUCCUAAAUGCAUCCUCUUGUACUUGCUCUUGAUUUUAAUUAUCUUCUGAUUUUAAUGGGAUUGAUAAGCUUUCCGAGGAUGACUUUUAAACUACCCUGACUAUUUAUUUUUAUUUUGCUAGGGUAAUGCAAUAGUAUAUAUUAUAUGGGACCUAUGUACAAAUUCCUGCCUAUUUUCGACUAUGUAUGUCGAAAAUAAAAGAUUGGUUCUCUUUUGUGGUAUUAAAGUAUCUUUGGUGUUA